UCCUCAGUGUUUUCCACGUCACUAUGCCAACAAAUUGUAUCCCGAAAACCAAAACCGACGACUUCUCGGUGGUCGAUUUCCAUCAAACUCCGUUCGAUAAAGUGAACGGGUUUUUGGGUGAUCAUUCUUCACUGAAAAUCACCAUCGAACGAAACUCCGACCACGAAAAGCACAAUUUCUUCGUAAAGUCCAUCCCCACGGGCAAAUCGCAACGCGAUUACAUCCUCGACGUGAACGGUUCCUUCAAAGAAGAAUUUUUCUUCACCAAGUUGCAAGAUCUCUUGCACGAACACUCAAUCACUAUCUUAGAUGACGCAAUCCCCACUUGCUACUACACAGAUGGGAAGAUCUUCGUCUUUGAAGAUUUAACUGAAGACGGCUACACCACCACGUCUCUGGAUUUCGAGUGUGUGAAAGUAGCCCUCGCAGCUCUCGCUAAACUCCACGCAAGCGCUAUAAUUCUAGAAGAGAAGAAAUCGUUCCGACUCAUAGACGCGUUUUCUGAAGAACUAGCAGAGACUCUUGUUUGUGAUAAAGAAAUGGUGAAGAAAGGAGUAGUGGCGCACAAUCGCGGCUUUGAUGCUUUGUUUGACUUGACGCACCAAGACGAAAUGAAGAUAUCGAAGAACUUGCUAAGGGAGAAAGUUUGUGAAGGGCACGAUCUUCAGAAAGAGUUCGUGAAACCGUCGACGAUCUUCAAGAAUACGAUUCUUCAUGGAGAUCUUUAGACUAAGAAU